AUGGAUAAACCAACAGCUUACCCGUCAAAUAAAGAUCUACUUGAUAUAACCCAAGAAAGCAGAAUUAACACAGAAAUAACGAAUAAUGCUUCACACUUGUUACCCGAGAGCCCUACUCCUUCCAACAUCUCUGCUUCAUCCUCUACCACCACAUCUCCACCAUCAUCUCCUCGAAUCAUCCCUCAAUCGACUCCAGACCCUAUAUCCCCUUCUUCAAAGGUUAAUAAUGACAGGAAUGCCUUCACUUUACCACUCCUCAAAUUCAUUGGUCGUUCCGCGAAAACGCUCCUUUUCACUUUUUUGUUUGACUGGACGCAAAUCAUUCGACAUCCUAUUGGAUCAUUGACAACUCUGAUAGUAUAUCCGUUGGCAUCUGGUCUUAUGGUUGUUGUUUCUGUGGGAUUUCGAAUAGCAAGUCGCUUCAAGCAUGACCAAACAGAGCACCCAAAGAUGUUUGAUGAGGUCAAGCAAGAACUCGUUGAUACGGCUGGUUCAUUUCUCCAAACCUCGUUCGGACUCAAAUACGACAAGAUUACAAAGAUAACCCAUCACGAGGACUACGCGGACGCCCGGUACAUACGUCCCUCUUUCAGCAUUGAUAUUGCCGAAUUUAUGUUAAUUCUCUCGGCCCUCAUUUACGAACGUGAUGAAGCUCCUGGUGGCGUCUACCCUUCCAAGGCCACCACCCCGGAUCAGUAUACUUCUUAUAUUCAUAGCCAAGCCCAGAAAUGGGGUCUAGAAUUCAAGUCAUUAUCUGAGUUGGGAACAAAUGCGAGUCCAUUCUGUGGCGCGUUCUAUGAUCGGAAUAAGAAAUUUAUAGUUAUUGCAUUUAAGGGAACGACACCAACCGAAUUCGCCGAUUGGAUUGUUGAUGUCAGCUUUAUGCGGACUGAUGGCAGGACACAGUUAUUCGGUGAAGUGCAUGAAGGAUUCUAUAGAAUGCUAUUCGGGAAGGAGAAGAAGGGGCGUUCAAAGUUGAUUGAGAGUUAUUCGUAUAGGAAUAUCUUGAAGAACUUGAUUGAUAUCAUAAACGAUAUUAAGAGCGUCAAGGGAAGUGAAACCAGUAUUAACGUCUGGGUUACUGGGCAUUCAUUGGGAAGUGCCCUUGCAACCUUGUUUUAUGCGAGAUUAAUGCGCAGUCCUGCUGAUCUGCCGGAUGAUUGUAUUUUAAGAGACGCCUACAUCUACGGGACGCCUUGCAUAGGGAAUGGUGAAUUCGCAAUUAACUUUUCCUCGCUCUGUAACACACCAUCUAAUCGGUUUAACACAUGCUGGCGCAUAAUCGACGAUAAAGACAUUGUCUGCAACGUUCCGGUUGGAUUCGACAACCCCGAAAUAAUGCAGUACCUUAGCGAUAAUUAUAUUUUUGAUUACGCUCAUGUCGGCGAAGCUAUAAGGCUUUUCCAGGACGGGCGUAGACCAAAGACGGAAGUUGAUGGGUUGCUGCUCGAUGAGCCGGAGAAAAAAGCGGAAGAGAACAAGUCUAGCAACGAAGAGGAGGAUAAAACGAAUAGAUUCGUACCGCCUUUUAUAAAAGAUCAUUUUACAUCUGGUUAUUUGAGAGCUCUGCAGCUGGCAAGACCGUACUUCCCCAGUACUAACACAACGCGGGCAUUAUAUGAAGAACGGCAGCCUGUGCCAAAUAGUUUGACUAACGAUCAAGUGGAUAGUGAUGUAAAAAAUGUAGUUUCGUCAUAA